GGCUUUUUGGAAAAAGAGUGUUUGUGCGCAAGUAUAUUGAAAAGAAACCAAGAAAAUUGUUACAACACUAGUACUGUUACUACUUUUACAUAACAAAUAUUGGUUCCAUCUUCUUGUAGAGUAGGAAGCCGUAUUGAUUAAACAGCAAUGGUUGUGGAAAAGUUGCGUGACCAUGUGGAAGAAAACCCCAAAAUGGUUGCCGGUUUGUCAAAAUCAAAUGAUAAGGAUGACACUUCCUGUGAUUCUGUGUGUUCGGUGUUUGAGAAAAUGAAACCAUAUUGGGUGAGAACAGAAGUGGAUGAACAAACACAACAUAUUCCAAUAUCGCCCAUAUCUUCACAGUCUUGUUUGUGUUCAAGUAACAAUAGUUCAUCAGAGGAUUCUCCUGUUGUUCAUUCGCCUAUGCUAAAAGUGAAGCAUGGAAUGGAGAUGCCAAUGAAUCGCUGUCAACAGUCUGAAGAAAGGAAUUGUCGUCUUACAAAUAACUCAAUAUUGAAUCCUUGCUUAUCAUCAUCUUAUCAAACAACAACAAUGUUUCAAGUUUCAUCACCAGAGAACAUGAUGCCUUUAGAAGGAAACCAGACCACGGUAAUGAAUAAUGGUUUCUAUCAAGCAGCGACUUAUAGUUGGUUCGAUAUGAGAACAUAUUUCAAUGCAAUUCGGUGGCAAACUCGAGUACCUUUCGAACAACAAGAAAACAGAAUGGAGCAGCUCAUGCAUCCCUUGUAUAAUUAUCAACCAACACGAACAAGGAUAUUGCCAACAGCAGAACCUGGUGACUUUUCAAAUAUUGGAUAUGGAUAUACAAAUGUCGCAAGAAGUGAUCAGCAAUCGAUGGAAAAUCAUCGCAUCAACAAGCAACAGGCUUUAUUGAGCAACCAUGAAAGUCACUCUUUGUGUUCAGAACCAAAAACGAUCAAGAAAAGGCAUAUCAAAUUGGAUGAUGGACGAAACGAGUCAACUUCAUCGGCAGGAAAAGCAAACAAACUGAAAAAAUGUAAAAGAGAGAAUUAUCUUCGUUUUGAACGUUGGGAAGAGGAAAACUUGCUUCGUGGAGUUGAAAAAUACGGUGUUGGGAAAUGGACAAGUAUUUUAAGAACCUUUGCUUUUCAGAAAAAGAGAAGUGCCAUAGAUUUGAAGGAUAAGUAUCGUAAUAUUGUGCGAGCAAAAAGGCGGGCACAUUUGGCACAGUUGAAUGCUAUGAAAUUAUAGGUGAGAUGUGGAAUAGAAUAUACUACUAACUUGAAUGAUAAUAAAGCAUUUUCAUUUUUU